AUGGCUAAGAACUACGACCUUGUGUUGUUCGGAGCCAGUGGCUACACAGGACAAUAUGUUUUAGAAGAGUUUGUUCGAUCCUUUUACUAUGGUAAACAUACAUUUGCCAUUGCUGGUCGAAACCGUGCCAAAUUGGAAAAGACACUUCAAACUGUCGGGGACUAUACCGGUAUGUUAUUGUAUACUUUUUCAAACCAUAGUAUAAUAUAUAACAAUAGCUUUGAAAAAAGUGUUUGGUAUUUUUCUUGGCUUUUAAAAUACGUUUUCGUAAGUUUAUUCUUAUUUUCUUUUUGUUUUUUAUUUUCAGGCCAAGAUCUGAAGAUCCCAAUCCUAGUUGCCGAUUCUUCCGACUACGAUGCUCUACUAGAGGUCACAAAGCAAGCUACAGUAGUCAUCUCGGUGGUAGGACCCUUCAGAUUGUACGGUGAACUUCUUGUCAAGGCUUGUGUAGAAGGAAAGGCAUCUUAUGUUGACAUUUCCGGGGAACCUUCUGUAAGUUUUGCAUAAUAUUAUUUUACUUUUAAGUGUUUUUACUUACGAUAGUUUUAAGAGUAAAAAUAUUGUAACCUUGAUUUUAGUUUAUUGAGAAGAUGGACUACACGUACCGUGAACAAGCGGAACAGAACGGUGUUUACAUUAUCAGUGCUUGCGGCUUUGAUAGUAUUCCUUGUGAUUUGGGCGUUCAAUACCUAAAGGACAACUUCCCAGGAACUCUGGCAUACGUGGAGACUGUAGCACAAGGGAGACCAGGUCCCCAGGUAAGGUAUUGUCUAUUAUAUUGCUUUUAAUUUUAUUAAAAUAGUUUUGGUUAUAAAAAAAACAAGGUUUUAUUGGUGCUUAUUGUUUAAAAUACAUUUUUUCAUCUAUCUUGAUGUUUAAGAGUUACAGUACUAAGUUACUAAAUAGUUUUAUAUGAAUGCAGUUUCAUAUUCUAGGGCUACAAAAUUAACGAUGGAACAUACCAAACUAUUAUCCUGUCGAUUGAAAACAUGUCACAGGACAAUAUCAGAGAAAUCAGAAAGCAAUUGAUGCCUGAAAAGCUCGAACGAUUGCCAUUUAAGGCUCCAAAGCGGUAAGAAUUAAAGUUUUUAUUGAGUUUAGUUUAAGGAACACUAUUUUACUUUAUUUGAGUUAAAAGACAAUAUAUAUUUGUACUACUUUUCUUACUAUAUAAUACAUACAUGUUAACUUUAUUUUCUACUAAUGUUCAGACCACUAGUUUGGAAAGACGAAAGAACCGGCCGUUAUGUUCUCCCAUUCUUGGGCUCCGACCGGUCGAUUGUCAUCCGUUCUCAAUACAAUGAUGCCAUAGCCAACAAGAAGUACCCGCCGUAUGUGGAGACUUACUUUGCCGCACCAUCAGCUGUCUGGGCCUACUUGAUAUUGACCUGGAUGGCUUUUGUGAACCUAUUGACCAAGUUUGGACCAACAAGACAAUUCUUGAAAGACUACCCAGAUAUCGCCAGUUUUGGAGCCUUCUCGAAGACUGGAAGCAACAGGGCUCAGGUCAAGUCGGUAAGGGUUUAGUUCGUGUUUUAUGACGUUUUGUUUGGGUGGGGUGAGCAUAUUUUUUAAAAAUAAUUAAUUGUUUCCUUUCAGACAACCUUUACCUACUACAUUCAUGGAACUGGAUGGCCUGAAAGUGAACCUCAAGUUGACAAAAUACCAAAUAGACAACUGACAGUUCGAGUGGACGGACCUGACAUGGGUUACAUUGGUACAGCUGGAUGUGUUUUGUCGGCCGCUCUUACUAUCGUCGAAGACAAAGACAACUUGCCAUCAAAGUAAGUUUAUGUGUAAUAUAAAAGCGAUUUUUUAAAAAUUUAUGAAAUUUUGCAAGACUUUGUGUCAGAAUGGACCGUUUUGUACUUCCCAUAGAACGUACAUUACUUAUAAUUAUGUAAGACACGUUGCAUCUUAAUUUAACUUUGAUUCCAGGGGAGGUGCCUUCACUCCAGCUACCGCUUUUGCCAAAACAAACAUUCACAAACGCCUCGAAAGCUUCAACAUUACCUUUAAGACUGUGUAA